AUGUGCGCCAAAGUGACCGUGUUUGAUGCCAUCAAUGCAAUCAACCAAUACACCAUAAGUAACUCCGGGGGCAAUUUGAUAGUUAAAGUGCUAGAUUACGGAGCGAUCGUCACAAACGUACUGUUCCGGGACAGGACUGGCCGCCAACUGGAUCUGGUCUUAGGCUUUGAUACCAUCGACGGCUAUAAGCGCGCAGACAAUCCCCACUUCGGGUCACUCAUAGGCCGAGUGGCCAAUCGUAUAGCUGGCGGUCGGUUCGCACUGAACGACACGACCUAUCAGUUGGCCCUGAAUGACGCCCCGAGACAUAACACACUUCACGGCGGAUUAGUGGGCUUCGAUAAGAACAUGUGGUCACUCUCACACUCGACAGGCGAUUCGGUUACUCUGGAACUGGUCAGCAGAGAUGGUGACCAAAAUUUUCCCGGAACUGUCAAGGUUACCAUAACCUACACCGUGACCGAUAACAACGAGCUUAAACUGGAAUACAGCGGCCAAUCAAACUCAAGCCCCGGCUCCAAGUCGACCAUCAUUAAUUUAACCAACCACUCAUAUUUCAACCUUAAUGGUUGUACUGACCCGCAGGCCGUACUGGCCCUCAAUCACACGGUCCGUAUGAACGCCGAUCAGUACCUGGAGUUCAACGCCGAGCAAAUACCCGACGACCGGGUGCUCCGGGUAUCGGACGUACCGGUAAUGGACUUUACGGGACCAAAGUUCACA